AUGGCUUCAGAGGAGAGCACUCGCGUCCUCCACAUAGGCUUUCUGGGGCCUAUGGACGAUCACAUUGCUACCGGCUACUUUCACCGGGUUUUUAAGGGAAGUAGAGAUGCUAAGCCUGUCAACUUAUUGGUGAGAAUUGAAUCCCUUUCCUUACUCACAAAGUAUGAAAUUGACACGUACGAGUCUAGAGCAUUUGAAUCCAGAGGCUAUAAAUGGAAAGUCACAAUCUAUCAAGACAAUCAUGAUUGUGUUUCUGCAUACUUGGCCAUUGUCGACACUCAUUUGUUGCCGGUCGGGUGGGAGGAGGAUGUCACUAACUUGAUUAUCUCAGGAGUCUACCCACGCUGCUUCAAUGUUAGUAAGCUUCGAUGUGAACUUACCAAACUGAUCUCUAGGGAGAGGUUGAUGGAUGGGGGCAAAGGAUAUGUGAUGGAUGACGAAUGUCUGUUCGGGGCUGAAGUUGAAGUGAGCAAAGGUGUGCGUAUCAACGAUUGUAUGAGUGUGGGAGAUGUCUGGUCUUCGGACGAGAUCCAUGCUCAAGAUUACAAAUGGAAAGUUGUACUGUAUCCAAGGGGAAAUCCUUCAUUGCCGGAAACCAGCAACUAUGUGUCCUUGUUUCUUGAGACAAAGGACUUCCCUCGUCAUCGCAGAUUGAAGGUUCUGGUUGUGUUCCGCAUCAGAAACAAGAUCAGUGGUGUCAGCUUCUCUAGUACAUAUAGCAUCUGGUUUACAUCUUCUUGUAAAGAUUGGGGAUUCAAGCAAUUUAUAUCAACUGAUCGUAUGAGCUCAGAGCGCUUCCUUGCUCGCAACACCUGUCUCUUGGGCUUUCGUAUCACAAUGCAAGCCGAAGUGUGUGAAACACCUAUCAUGUACUCCAACUAG